AUGACUGCCACAACCAUGGCCAGCAGCACCAGUGGCGUACGGAAACUUUCCAACCCCAAAGAGGAAAGGAAGUUAAGGAAACCUUUGAUUGAACGAAAACGAAGGGAAAGGAUUAACAAUUGUUUGGACCAGCUCAAAGAGACGGUUGUCGGAGCCUUUCGGCUUGAUCAAUCUAAACUUGAAAAAGCUGAUAUCCUUGAAAUGACAGUCAAACAUCUCCAGAAUAUCCAAAACAGCAAAAUAAUAGCAGAUUCCAAACUGGGCUUAGAAGCACAGCAGAGAUACAGCACUGGAUAUAUUCAAUGUAUGCAUGAGGUCCACAAUCUCCUCCUGACCUGUGAGUGGAUGGACAAGACCCUUGGAGCACGGCUGUUGAACCACUUGCUGAAAUCACUACCCAGAUCAAGUGAGGAAACUGGCAAGACAGGCUUGAGGUCUAUCACCCCUGGGAGCAGCAAGGGGAAUGCAACAGGCUCCAGCCAGUCUCAAAGUCAGUUCUGCCCUGUUGAAGACAAACAGGGGUUGAAAAAGUCAUUGCAGCCACAGCCGCCCUCACGUUGUAGUCAGCGCGAGUUGUCAUCUCCAAGCUAUUUUGCAUAUAAUGGUGCUAGCAUGGGAUCAUUAGACAUGUGGAGACCGUGGUAA